AUGGAUCCUGAUCAACUUGAUCCAUCUCAUUCAGCCGAGUCUGUUUCUCACAACGAGGCUCGUUCUCCUGUUGGGGAUUCUUCAGGCGCGUCUCUGUCUCAAGGCAAGGCUCCUUUUCCCGUUGCUCACAGCAAGGCUUUUCCCGUCGGGAAGAAUUCAGCAGAGCGUCUUUCUCACCGCACUGCUCCUCCUCCCCUUGCUUACGCCAAGGCUACUCCUCUUCCGCUUGGGGAAUCUGCAGGGAAAGCAGAGACACCAGCACCACCAGCCGCUGCGACUGUUGCUGCGUUUCCAGGCGAAGGGGCCAAAGGAGAGGAUUUUCCAGCAGAGUGUCAGUCUCACCGCACUGCUCCUCCUCCCUUUGCUUUCGCCAAGGCUCUUCCUCCUCCUCUUGGGGAAUCUGCGUUGAAGGCAGAGAGACCAGCACCACCAGCCGCUGUGACUGUUGCUGCGUUUCCAGGCGAAGGGGCCAAAGGAGAGGAUUUUCCAGCAGAGUGUCAGUCUCACCGCACUGCUCCUCCUCCCUUUGCUUUCGCCAAGGCUCUUCCUCCUCCUCUUGGGGAAUCUGCGUUGAAGGCAGAGAGACCAGCACCACCAGCCGCUGUGACUGUUGCUGCGUUUCCAGGCGAAGGGGCCAAAGGAGAGGAUUUUCCAGCAGAGUGUCAGUCUCACCGCACUGCUCCUCCUCCCUUUGCUUUCGCCAAGGCUCUUCCUCCUCUUGGGGAAUCUGCGUUGAAGGCAGAGAGACCAGCACCACCAGCCGCUGUGACUGUUGCUGCGUUUCCAGGCGAAGGGGCCAAAGGAGAGGAUUUUCCAGCAGAGUGUCAGUCUCACCGCACUGCUCCUCCUCCCUUUGCUUUCGCCAAGGCUCUUCCUCCUCCUCUUGGGGAAUCUGCGUUGAAGGCAGAGAGACCAGCACCACCAGCCGCUGUGACUGUUGCUGCGUUUCCAGGCGAAGGGGCCAAAGGAGAGGAUUUUCCAGCAGAGUGUCAGUCUCACCGCACUGCUCCUCCUCCCUUUGCUUUCGCCAAGGCUCUUCCUCCUCCUCUUGGGGAAUCUGCGUUGAAGGCAGAGAGACCAGCACCACCAGCCGCUGUGACUGUUGCUGCGUUUCCAGGCGAAGGGGCCAAAGGAGAGGAUUUUCCAGCAGAGUGUCAGUCUCACCGCACUGCUCCUCCUCCCUUUGCUUUCGCCAAGGCUCUUCCUCCUCCUCUUGGGGAAUCUGCGUUGAAGGCAGAGAGACCAGCACCACCAGCCGCUGCGACUGUUGCUGCGUUUCCAGGCGAAGGGGCCAAAGGAGAGGAUUUUCCAGCAGAGUGUCAGUCUCACCGCACUGCUCCUCCUCCCUUUGCUUUCGCCAAGGCUCUUCCUCCUCCUCUUGGGGAAUCUGCGUUGAAGGCAGAGAGACCAGCACCACCAGCCGCUGUGACUGUUGCUGCGUUUCCAGGCGAAGGGGCCAAAGGAGAGGAUUUUCCAGCAGAGUGUCAGUCUCACCGCACUGCUCCUCCUCCCUUUGCUUUCGCCAAGGCUCUUCCUCCUCCUCUUGGGGAAUCUGCGUUGAAGGCAGAGAGACCAGCACCACCAGCCGCUGUGACUGUUGCUGCGUUUCCAGGCGAAGGGGCCAAAGGAGAGGAUUUUCCAGCAGAGUGUCAGUCUCACCGCACUGCUCCUCCUCCCUUUGCUUUCGCCAAGGCUCUUCCUCCUCCUCUUGGGGAAUCUGCGUUGAAGGCAGAGAGACCAGCACCACCAGCCGCUGCGACUGUUGCUGCGUUUCCAGGCGAAGGGGACGAAGGAGAGGAUUUCUGGGAGGUUGGAGAACGCUUUGCAGCUGAGGAAUUAAAUCAAACUGAAGGGCGUCCGCACACCGAAGAAAGAUCACAGUUACGGUCACAGUUGCAGAUCAAAGGAUACUAUUCCCUUGAAACAUCCGCUUCAGAGGAGGAUUUGGGCGGAGGGGAAGGGCUGGAGGAAAUGAAACGAAGGAGAGAUGCAAAGGACGCCCGGGGGGUUAUGGGUGCGGGUGGGGAAGGAGAGAGAGGAGCGUGGGGAGCGAUGGAAAAGGGAGGCGGGGAGGAACCGGGAAGGAAGAGGCAGGAACGGCGUUUGGACACUGGGGCAGCUGCAGCAGCAUCAGCAGCACCAGCAGCAGCACCACCGCCAACGCCCCGGGUCAGACGUAAACAAAACCCGCCGCGAGAUGAGGCGGGCUUGACGGGGUUUCGUUGGGGCUCACUGCGAGAUGACGACUCUCAAGACCAGGUCUUUCCUUCACAGCCGAUGAAUGCCAGCCAGCGAUUCACAACAGGGUUUCAGCAGGCCUCACCUCAAGAGGACUACAAGGAGCAACAGAUUCUUUCCACACAGGGUUUUUUUGAAUCGACUGGAGAUAGGUUUCAGCGCUCCCAGCACGUACUUGCCCACAAUUUCGAGGAGCAUCGGGUUACCGAUGGGGCAAGGCGCGGACCGGGAGGGGGAGGAGGAGCGGGAGGGAUGGAAAGUCGCCUGGCCUUACCUCGAGAGGAUUACGAGGAGCACCAGAUGUCUUCUCCACAGGGGUUUCAGCACUCCCCGCCAAUGCUUCCUCACAGUUUCGAGGAGCGCUGGGUUGCAGCGGAAGCAAGGGGCGGAGGAGGAGGGAGGGGGAGAAGUGGGUGGGAAUUGCAAGAGGACCAUUCAGAGGAGCAUGGGGGUAGUGGGAGCAUGUGGAACGAGUUUUGGUGGCGUAUGGGAAGAUUCUUGGGGAGUUUGUUUCGGUUCCCUGGUAACACUCACAGGAGGAGGGAGCAGCAGGAUGUCAUGAGGUUUGGAGGGGGAGAGCUCAGGAGGGGUGACGCAGCAGCAGGGGCUUCUAGGUUCGACCUGUCUCUCCCCCCUUAUACCAUGCACCAGUCGCAGACGAAUCUUUUCUUUGACACGGCUGCAUUUGCAGUCUCUCCUCCUCCUGCCCAUGUCACUGCAAGCAGCAAGACUCCUCCUAGUCUCUCUCACCCGGCUAGCACUCACUCGCCCUCUGCUCGUGCGUCUGGUUGCCGUCGAGUGCUGGUGGUGCAUCGGGGGGAUAUCACCAAGUGGUGUGUGGACGGUGCAAGUGAUGUCGUUGUGAAUGCGGCAAACGAGUCGGUGCUUGGUGGGGGCGGGAUGGAUGGAGGUAAGCGGCAAGGGGGAGAGGGUAAGAGGCAAUGCGAGCCUGGUCUCUGCUUCGAGCCUGACAGGUUCAAAGUUGCCCUUCCUCCCUGUGUCACCUGCCUUCUCCCUGUCCCACGCAGGUGA